CAAAAAGUGGGCUUGAGAAAACAUUUUACCGUUUAAGAAACUGAACAGGAGGGGGUGCCUUCGUUUUGGAUGCUAUUUUUGAGAAGCUGGUCAAAGAAGGGGAAAAUAGAACUGGUCUUCAAAAUGUUAAUGCAGAUCAGACUCUUUUAGGUAGCUUUUUAUACAGUACAUUAUAUUCUCAUGUAGUAUGGGAGGCCCUGAUUCAGCUGAUGUGAGGAAGCUCCUGUAUUUUUUUAACAGGCAAACUUGGAUGACCUUAAUGUGGAUGCUCCGAGAAGCACACUUUGGGGAAUCCUUUUCACAUCUAUUCUCCUCCAAAAUGCAUUCCAGUCCCUCCCUAACUUUUGUCCAGUAACUGUGUAUUAUGCUAGUAUUACAACCCCCCUGCCCUCAUCUGUCCCCUGCAUUUUUGACAACGCCAAGGACAAGGUGUGUACCAAGCUCAGUUCUACUCACAGUGACUUUCCUGAGGUUUUUCUCUGCUUUUCCCAAGUCACAAGUGUUUAGAGGCUUGAGACCAAGAAUUUCCCAGUGAAGCCAGAUUUUCUAAGUCUUUUGUUUGCUCAAAUGAUGCUAUUUGAAUAAUGCUGCAAUGAAGCCCUCUCUGCCAACUCCUUCAAGUUUCCAUAUUAUAAUGGCUCUGGAAUAGCCAAUAGUCUACAAGCGAUCAUGCAUAAAUCAAAAUCUUCUGUGGGACACUUAUAAUUGUAGAAGCUGCUCACUACAGAACACAUUCCUGGUCUUCCUCUGGUCUGCAAAGCCUCUGACUUCAUACAGUCAAUGGACAUAACCUCCAGUUUGCUCCCUACUAGGAACCCACAACUUAGAGCUUUAUGCUAAACUGUGACAAGUUAAAUCAGUUGGGGUUUAGUGUGGAUAAAACUCUAAGGUAGCGGCCAUAGGAGCCUCUCCAUUGACACACUGAACAACGGCAGAAGGUGGUGUGUAUACAGAUCUACAAAGAAAUUGCAGGAGCACCCAGCAGUAUCCCAGUGCUGAGAACAAAUUCCUGAAAGAAACUGUAGGUCCCUGGAGCCAGAAAGAAGUACUUUAAGAAUCUACAAAGCUAGUGUUUCAAACUGAUCAUCUUCCUCAGGAAAGGGGACGAGGUGUUACAGAAGAUGUUUGUGCUUCGUGAACCCUUGAAGCUGCAGAGUCUGUAUGAAACCUUGGAAAAGAGCUUGCCUGAGUCCACUAAGGUAUACGGUGCCAUUUACAACAUUAAAAAUAAAAAUCCAUUCAACUUGGAGGUGCUGGUGGAUGCUUGGCCAGAUUAUCAGACAAUCAUUACACGGCCUCAGAAAGAGGAGAUGAAGGAUGAUCUGGAUUAUUAUACCAACACUUACCACAUCUUCACCAAAGCUCCUGAGAAGUUAGAGGAAGUCCUGGCAUGCCCCCAGGUUAUCAAUUGGGAACAAGCCUUCCAGAUCCAAGGUUGCCAAGAGAGCGUGGGUGAGGCCAUAAGAAAGAUUUCAGCUUCAAAAUCAGUGCAAGUAGAUUACAAGAGAACCAUGCUCUUUAUGAGUGUAAAUGAAAAGAAGCUCAAGAAAACAAUUGAUGACAAGAUAGAUUUGAUGAAGGUACCUAAAAUGUCUAAAGAGGAUGAAGAUGGAAAGAAAGAAAACUUUAGGACUAUCUUCUUGGAUGCCUCAUAUGCGGGGCUUGUAAAUGAGCACUGGGACUUUGGAAAAAAUGAGAGGAGCUUGAAAUAUGUUGAACGCUGUCUCCAGAAUUUUCCAGGAUUUGGUGUGUGGGGUCCAGAGGAGUGUCCAGUCUCUUGGGUUGUGAUGGAACAGUCCUGUGAGUUGAGAAUGGGUUACACUGUUCCCAAAUACAGAGGCCAAGGCAACAUGUGGCAAAUUGCUUACCACUUUAUAUCAUAUCUUAUUUCAAAAAACAUGCCAUUUUAUUUACAUGUGGCAGAAGAGAAAGAAGAAAUUCAAAAGCUAAUGAGAACUGUUGGGUGUAAGGAGAGUCUUUGUGGCUGGCAUCAGUGGAUAUGCACCCCUAAAAAAUAUUGUUGAUUGGUGCCAUUGCCCAUUUCAAGCCUUUCUUAUCAGUGAAAAAAGAAUGCAAAAAACAUGGUCAUCUAUGUUAGCGCACACAAAAAAAUCCAAUUAUCUGGGGUUCGUGCAUUAUGUAAGUCAACACAUAUAAAAAUUUUGCCUUCCUUCUCCUCCAGAUUGCAGAAAAUUAGAAGCUUGCACGUUGGAUGUUAUACUUUUGUGACUUUUUAAAAUUCUGAGUGAUAGAUAUUGCAGUUAAAAUUACCCAGUGUCAAUCAUUACCACCAAGAUAACCCUUUAGAAGCAAUAUUUUCUUUUUGGAAGACUCCUUUCUUGAAAGAAUCAUACUUUUUCAUGCUUCUAUGUUUGAAAAUAAAACAAAAAAAAAUCUGUUUUGAAAAAA